AUGGUAGCGCAACCUCCCUCAAAGGGCCCACGCAUCCCGGAGACCGCGGCGGAACAAUCCACACCCUCAACAAAUAACGCCGACCUGCAACAGAUCGGCCUCGACGAUCAAGAGCUGGCCGAGGACGAGGUGCCCCCUCCUGCUUAUGGCGAUUAUUAUGGCGAGAUCCACGAUGAAAAGAAUAGUACGGGCACCAGUGCCCAGCUCACCGACGACGGCCGUGUCGCCAUCCGCAUCAAUCAAUUCAAUCGCCAUCUGUCCCGGAUUAUUGCUCCCGCUCUACAUCAGCACGUCCAGGAUGUUGAAGACAGUCGCCCGCUCCCUCCCCCAUACAUUCCUCCUUCCCUGGGAGGCGACCCGUCAGUUCGUCCACCUCCGCCCUUGAACAUAGUCAUCCAGGUCGUGGGCUCUCGCGGAGAUGUACAACCCUUCGUUGCCUUGGGAAAAGUCCUGAAAGACGUCUACGGCCACCGUGUACGUCUGGCGACUCACUCCAACUUUGAGGACUUUGUUCAGCAGCAUGGCCUGGAAUUCUUCAGCAUUGGCGGCGACCCUACCCGGUUGAUGGCCUUCAUGGUCAAGAAUCCCGGCUUGAGGCCGGGAUUUCGUAGCGUAAUGAGCGGAGAUAUCGGCCAGCAAAGAAAACAUGUUGCCGAAUAUAUUCAGGGCUGCUGGCGGUCCUGUUAUAGAGCCAAUGAUGGAACUGAUGAUGACCUUUCCGAGUCCUCAGGCAGCGAUUCUGGCUCUAGGCCUAUAGCAAAACACUUUGUUGCCGAUUGUAUCAUCGCCAACCCCCCGAGUUUUGCCCACAUCCAUUGCGCAGAGAAGCUCGGCAUCCCGCUCCAUAUCAUGUUCACUAUGCCAUAUUCCCCUACCCAGGCCUUUCCUCAUCCUCUAGCCAACAUUCAAGCCUCGAAUGCCGACCCUCAACUGAACAAUUACAUCAGCUAUGCCCUGAUUGAACUACUCUCUUGGCAGGCCCUCGGUGAUAUCAUCAAUCGAUUUCGUGUAAAGUGUCUCGGUUUGGAUCCCGUAAGUACCAUCUGGGCCCCCGGGAUGCUUCAGCGUCUUAGAAUCCCUCACACCUACUGCUGGUCUCCGGCCCUGAUACCCAAACCGAAAGACUGGGGCUCUCACAUAUCGAUCUCCGGAUUCUACUUUCUCGACAUGGCCUCUGAUUAUACACCUGCUCGUGACUUACAAGCAUUUCUCAACGCCGGUCUCCCUCCCAUCUACAUAGGAUUCGGGAGCAUCGUUUUGGAUGACCCCAACACGCUGACGGAAGUCAUUUUCGCCGCCGUGAGAAAGACUGGCCAACGUGUGCUCCUUUCAAAAGGCUGGGGAGGUAUGGGCGCAGAUGAGCUUUGUAUCCCCGAUGGCGUCUUCAUGCUUGAUAACGUGCCACACGACUGGCUCUUCAAGCAUGUCUCGUGCGUCGUGCACCAUGGUGGCGCGGGAACCACGGCGGCAGGCAUCGCCGCAGGCCGGCCGACUGCGGUCGUUCCCUUCUUUGGAGACCAGCCUUUUUGGGGCGCCAUGAUCGCGCGAGCAGGCGCAGGCCCCAAUCCGAUCCCUCACAAACAACUCACGGUAGACAAACUAGCUGAGGCCAUCAACUUCUGUCUGACCCCCAGAUGCCUGGAGCGCGCCAGAGAACUCGCAAGCAAGAUCGCGGCAGAGAGAGGCAGCGACACGGGUGCUCAGUCGUUCCAUCAAUUCCUCGACCUUGACCGGCUCCGCUGCACUCUCGCACCAUCCCGACCUGCUGCGUGGCGCAUCAGGCGUACCAAGGUCAGGCUGAGUGCUUUUGCUGCCUGUACUUUGGCGAAUGCAGGGCUGUUAGAUUUCGAUGACUUGAAGCUCUUCAGACCACAAGAACAUUACACCGACGAGGGUCCCUGGGAUCCUAUCUCCGGAGGUUUUACAGCAUUUGUGAGGGCUUUCGGCGGCAUGACGAGGGGGCUAGCUGAUAUUCCGUCGGAGACAUGGAGAGCUUUACAGAUGCCGGCUGGGCGGAGCCGACAGCAGUCCCAAGCAUCGGCAUCGACAACCGGGAGCAGGAGUGAGAUCUCGCAUGUGGUGGAAAGAUCGAAUUCGUCGAUUUCAUCUAGACGAAGUAAGCAGAGCUUCGUCAGAGAGGACUCUCCCACUCUUGCUUGGAACCCUUCCAAUAUCUCCGGUCGGUCAACUCCAACUUCGAACGUGCCCACACAAGGCCAGUCAGAUCCCAGACAAGAUGAUCCUGGCCGAGGUCCAUCCCGCAGUCGGAAUGGAUCUAACGCUGGCAAACAACCCGACAUGCUCCGUCCGACUGGCGUGCAUGUGAGCAAAGGUGCUGGGCGUUUCGUCAAGGCGGUUGUGCAGGGACCUGUGGAUAUUUCAGUGAAUUUCGCGAAAGGCUUUCACAAUAUGCCUAGGCUUUGGGGAGACGACACCGUACGCCCUCAAGAAAGGGUUAGCGAUUUCAAGUCAGGCGUCAAGGCAGUAGGAAGGGAGUUUGGCUAUGGCUGGUACGAUGGCGUCACUGGCCUAGUCGCUCAGCCCUGGAAAGGCGCCCAGAAAGGGGGUGCCAGCGGCUUUGUCAAAGGAAUUGGCAAAGGAAUCGGGGGAUUUAUCGCUAAGCCGGGCGCAGCCUUUUUUGGUAUCCUGGGCCAUACGAUGCAGGGGGUCAGCAAAGAGGUGCAGAAAAUGUUCGGCAGCGAUGUGCAGAGCUAUAUCAUCACAUCUAGGGCAGCUCAAGGGUAUGAGGAGUGGCUGCAGGGCUCCGAAGCAGAAAAGCAAGACGUCAUCGCUCGCAGUGCAGAUGCUUGGACCCAAGAUCUCACCAGCACCACGCUCGACAUGGGUGGUUCACAGUCACCUCUGCAUGCUGCCAACACGUGGCCCGGACGACCGUGGGAAGCGGCUGAAGCCACGUCGAGCGGAGACGCAGUAGAUGAUGAUGAUAUGGACCUCGUGUCUAGGCUCCAGCCGCAACGACACGUUCACCAGACAGAUCGGGGUCUGCGUGACGAGAAAACGCCACAAGAGAAAACGGAAGAAGAGGUUGUGAUAGAGUACAUCAAGAAGCAGAGUCUGUUGGAAGUGCAACACCAAAACAAAGGUAAGGGUCAUGAAACAGCGAUAGAGUAUGAAGAUGAUGAGGACGAGGACUUGCAGAAAGCGUUGAAGUUGAGCAUGCAAGAACACGGGCACCAGUACAGAUAG